AUGAAAGUUGAUUCAUUGAAGUUGCCAACUGUUACAACUCAUUCAAAUGAGUUAGGAGCAUCAUCUUCGGGAACAAAAUCUAUUAUUGAAGAAAACGAAGAUGAUGAGUUAGAAAUUGCAAUACAAUUGGCCAUUGUCAACUCAUUGGAAAACAUUGAUUCAAAAAAGAAACACAAGGAUGAAAAGUCAGAUACAAAAGAAAACGAAGAAGUCCUUGUGGAAACUGAUAAUGAAGAAACAGAUGAUGAAGAAGCUGUUGAUGAUGAUCAUAAGCAACAGAAUGAAAACAUUGAGAGAGUAAAACCGAGAUCAGCUCCAGGGUGGGAGAAUGUAAAGAAACCAACCAAUUGCCCAAUGGAGGAAAAGGAUUCCGGGGAAGAGGAAGAUGAUGAAGAAGGUGAUGAAAAUGAAGAAACUGACGAUGAUGAAGAUGAAAACAAUGAGGAUGAGAAUGCUGAGAAUAAAUCUGAAAACCUCAAUUCACCUUCUUGGCAUGCAGAAGUUAAUGAACAAGAUGAAAACAUUAACAGAGAAGAAAUUGUUGCGUCUGCUCCAAGAAAAAUGAAAAGACAAAGCGUGGAAGCAAAGACAAAGUUGCAACCAGUUCGACGAGUGGAAAAAAUCAUUGAAUAUGAAGCAGAAGAUCCAAUGGAAGAAGACGAUGAAGAAACAGAUGAUGAUAUACUGAUUAGUCAAUUCAAAGUUGCAAGGACACAACCACCAAAGAAAAGAACAAAAAAGGAGAAGAAUGCAACAACAAAAAAGGAAGUCGAAAAGGAUAACAAAGCACUUGCAAAAAAGGAAAAGGGAGUGGUACAGAAGAAGGUAGCCAAGGCCUUGGGAACAAGAACACCAACUGAAGAAGCUUAA